ACAAACUAACAAGCAACGGUAACUAAGCGACCACAACAAACAAUCACAGUAUUCACGUAAUUUUGCGGUUCACUCGUCUGGUCGAAGCCCCCUAAAACAUUGAAGAAGAAGAAGACUGAAGAAAAGGAAGUCGAAAAAAAGAAGAACCUGCACUAACUAGAUCCUAAAACACUGAAUAAGAAGUCCAUGAUGAAACUGCUGCCAAUGGUGGUCCUCCUUUGCCGCCGUGACGAGGUGUAGAGACUCGAGUUUCUCAGCAUGGGCAGCAGGACGGACAGGAGGGCCAGGACAAGGAGGAAGGAGGGGCAGGAGGAGGAGUACGAGUAUGUCUGUCCUCCGUGGAACUUCUCGUGGGUGGUGCCGCAAGAAAUCUGUGGCUCGGCCUGGCCGGAGAGUGUGGCCAACAUUGACUUCCUCAGGAGUGAGGGCGUGGGCGUGGUGGUGAGCCUGAGCAGUGAGCGGCGGCCACACCGGUCUGCCGCUGACAGUAUGGAGUGUCACCUCAUCCCUGUGGAGGAGUUUGAGGAUCCCACCAUGAAACAGAUCACUCAGUUCAUUGACAUCUGUGAUCAGGCGCGGCAGGCAAAGAAAGGUGUGUGUGUACACUGCCGCAUGGGCCGUGGAAGAACUGGUGUCAUGUUGGCGUGUUACCUCAUGAAGUUCUACUCACAGCCACCUGACGCUGCCAUGCGCAACGUAAGGCUCAUGAGGCCAGGCAGUGUGGAGACUAGGGAGCAGGAGCGAGCUGUCAGGAAAUUCCAUGACUACCUCCACUGGGGUCAUGAAUAAAUGAGGCAGCUUGUGGUGAAGUCUUCAGUGCACAGCUGUGGUGACCCUGGAGUAACAAUUCAAGCCUUGCUGCUACCAGCUGACAAUUUUCAACCAUCACCUAGUGACUGAAGAUCACCUAUGUGCUGUAGAUCAACCCAAAGUUCAUUGACCUCUAUCAUGUAGUGCAAACCAGCUUGUCUAAAUCAGGAAAAUGUAUUACAGCAACAAAAAAUAUCUAGGACAAAUGAUCAGCACUCUAUAUGGAAGUCUACCAUGCUAUGGGUCCUGCAAAUAAAAUAAAAAAUAAGGUCCAUUGCAAUCUGUAGUGAAGACAUAAAGAACACUGAGCUUUCCUCACAUCAAAAGUUGUCCUCAUCCUGUUAAUAACUCAUACCACUAAUGUAACAGAAUUCCACCUUC